UGUGUGUAUGUGUGUAUGUGUGUGUGUUGCGCUUUGGCUACUGCGCAUUCCACUUUCUGGGGAUCUAAAAUCUACUUGUGUUGUGUGUUGUAGCGGUACACAAAAGUAUAUACACUUGUGAGUCAUAAUUUCAUCUAAGAGUAUUAUACUGGGCUUUUCUUAUGGCGAAAUGCCCGAGUUAUUCUGUUGUGUGUCCGAACUGAAGCUAUAAAUUCAGACUGCACGUUUUAUGUGGGCAGAAAUUAGUUUGUGCGCGUGUGCGUGUGCGUUUGCGUGCCGCCAGAAAUCUCACCUCAACGACAACGCCAGCUCAGGCAAGUGACCCCACUCUACACUACCUCACAAUGGGCACCAAGUCGUCACCUCGGACAUGUCCCUGGACUCCUGCAUUGUUCCUGGCAGUUUUCCUGAUGAUCCAAGCAGCAGUGUCCUCACAAAGAGCAGAGAAAGAGCUCGGUGAUACCUGCUCUCAAUACGAGUGCGUUGCCUACGGACAGAUUUGCUCUGCCGACUACAAGUGCAUCUGUCUGCUGGGAUGGUAUCAGUACCCGAAUACCAAGCAAUGUACAGUGUCGGACCCAGUACAGAGCCUGACAGCCACCGAUGUGACGAGCUCAGACAUCAGCGUGUCAUGGCUGCCCCCUCCCACCUCAGGGACCGGUGAGGUCAUCGGCUACGUCCUGCGAGUGUACAACAGCGACGACCUGUGUCUGAAGAGACGUUACUUCCUCUGUGCCGGCUGUACUCAGAAACCAGAAUUGAGGACCAACUGUCCAAGCUCAUCAGAAACUGCAUCGAGCUUAACUCAGGAAGACCUGAACAACCCGGCUAAGAUAAUCUCCGGAGCAAUGUACAACAUCCCUCCAUACAGGAACCUGACUCUGACGGUCAGCGCUAUCAAGAACAAUGCUGAGGGCAUAGAAGCAAGGCUGCCUUUUGUGACCAAGAUUGGAACCCCUCGCCAAUACACGUCGUUGGAAGUGGACCCUAUCCGUGACCUUGAUGCUAACCAGGUUCACAUAAAUGUCAGCUGGACCCCGGGCGUGUACACCGGCCCCUACUUCACUCACCUCGACAUCCUGAAGAAAGAACUUCCUUCCGGAGUGUUCCGACAGGAAAAAGUCAUUAUCCUCAAUGAGGACAACAGGACUUACCUUAAGACCAACCUCCAAGCAGGCUGGGACUACCGGGUGACUGUGAUGGCUGUGAUACCUCGACAAAACGCAGAAAACCUGACCGGCCCACAGUUCCGCCCCUGGGUGGACGUCCGAAUGCCCAGCUUACCCCCGGGACAAGUCCAGCUCGUCUCUGUACGGGGAGACAACUACAAUGCCGACGAAAUGACGCUGUCCUUCAGAUGUCCGCCCGAGAUGGAGAGGAAUGGAACGCUCCGUGGUUUUGUCGUUCGGGUUAUGGUUCUCUCAGUCCAAGACAACACUACGCCUCAG